AUGAUUCACGAAGCGAACAUUCGUGUGGUAGGGCUUUUUGCUCUGCUGGCCAUAAUCGGUUGUGCCACAGCACAAACCACCGUAGAUCCCUGUGUGGAAGCAGGACAAACGGACGGAUUUCUACCACACCCAACGAAUUGCUCUCUGUACUUCUCCUGUUACGGUAACAAAGGCUACGAACAGGCCUGCCCGGAUGGCAAGUAUUUCGAUCCAGUGAAAAUUGUGUGCGAUAUCAAAGAAAAAGUACAGUGCAACGUUAACAAUUGUCCCCCGGAUGGAAUUGUAUAUCUACCCGUGCCCAACGUGUGUGAUCAAUACAUCAUCUGUAUUGGUGGGGUGGCGUACAAUCAAACCUGCAGCGAAGGCUUGUACUUCGAUCCAGUGUUGGAAGAGUGUAAUUAUAUGAAUGAAACAAAUUGCGUGGUCAAUCCCUGCACGCAGCCUCCACCGGAUCCGCCUGUACUUGAGAUUCACCCCAAUCCUACCAACUGUUCUCAGUAUAUAAUUUGCUUGGCCGGUGACUCAAUUCUAAGGGAUUGUGCUCCAGGUCUCACCUUUGAUCAGACUCUCGAGCAAUGUACAGUGGGUGGUGUAUGCAAUGGCGCAACCACUGCCCCAGGUGUAACCACGGAAGCAGCAACGGUGACACCUACGGAUGCACCAACGGACAUACCAACGGACGCACCCACGGCAGCACCCGUUAUGAUGAAUGAACCAGAAUUAGAUAUCUGGUAG